CUCACAAGCAGCCGUCCAAUCACAGCGUGGGAUCGCGGUGGAGGGCGGAGCCGAGUGCGGGCAGGAGUGAGUAAAGGAGCAGUAGGUUGAGGUGAAGGCAGUGCGGACGCUCCCGUGCACCUUGACCAGUCUACCAGUGCCGGGUCCUGAUGAAGAAUACAGCGGAGUGUGCGGGCACAGGAAGGCGCUGAGUAUGGAGCACACAAACAAGGAGGGCAAAGCCAACCCGCUGCAGACUGCCAACUUCUGCUCCAAACUCUUCUUCUGUUGGCUCAAUUCUCUUUUUAUUAUUGGUCACAAAAGAAAGCUUGAAGAAGAUGACAUGUACAAUGUACUCCCAGAGGAUGCCUCCGAGAGGCUUGGAGAGGAGCUUCAAUGGUACUGGGACACAGAAUUACAAGAAGCUCAAAAAGAGGGUCGUGCCCCACGCCUAACAAAGGCUAUCAUACGUUGCCACUGGAAAUCCUACUCUGUCCUAGGAUUCUUUACUUUUAUUGAGGAAAGUGUCAAAGUGAUCCAACCAAUUUUUCUUGGAAAUGUUAUAACUUACUUUGAGAUAGAUGACCCCAGUGAUGCCGCCCUGGCUAAUGCCUACAUAAAUGCUGCUGCCUUGUCUGUCUGCACCUUACUCUUGGCAGUUCUUCAUCACAUUUAUUUUUAUCAUGUUCUUCGAGCUGGCAUGAAGCUUCGUGUGGCAAUGUGUCACAUGAUUUUUAAGAAGGCUCUUCGUCUCAGUAAUACAGCCAUGGGAAAAACGACUACAGGUCAAAUUGUAAAUCUCUUGUCAAAUGAUGUCAAUAAGUUUGAUCAGGUAACAAUUUUUUUGCACUUUCUAUGGGCUGCACCAUUGCAGGCCAUUGCAGUAACUGUGCUUCUCUGGAUAGAGAUUGGUCCUUCAUGUCUGGCUGGAAUGGCAGUACUCAUCAUUCUUAUGCCCCUGCAAACCCUUCUCGGUAAACUCUUCACAUCAUUGAGGGGUAAGACAGCAGCAUUCACUGACACUAGGAUUCGAACUAUGAAUGAAGUAAUAUCUGGAAUGAGAAUUAUUAAGAUGUACGCAUGGGAACAGUCAUUUACAAAGCUGGUUAAUGACAUAAGGAAGAAAGAAAUAGCCAAAGUCCUUCAAAGUUCUUAUCUCCGUGGAAUCAACUUGGCAUCAUUCUUUGUUGCAAGCAAAAUCAUCGUGUUUGUGACUUUCACCACGUAUGUUCUGCUUGGCAAUGUUAUCUCUGCCAGUCGAGUGUUUGUGGCAGUGUCCCUUUAUAGUGCAGUGAGACUCACUGUCACUCUCUUCUUCCCCUCAGCUGUUGAGAGGGUAUCUGAGGCCAAGGUCAGCAUAAGGAGGAUAAAGAACUUUUUAUUACUUGAUGAAAUUUCAAAACCAGCAGUACAGCGGCCAGAGGAAAAUGAGAAAGAUCUGUUAGUUCAAAUUCAAAAUCUGACUUGUUACUGGGACACGAUGUUGGAAAUGCCAACUCUCCAAAAUAUUUCCUUUAGUGUGAGACCUGGGGAAUUGGUGGCUAUAAUUGGACCAGUUGGGGCAGGAAAAUCUUCCCUUCUGAGUGCAGUGCUAGGUGAACUGCCAAAAGAUAAAGGCUUUGUGGACAUCAGAGGAAGAAUUGCAUAUGUGUCGCAGCAGCCAUGGGUGUUUUCAGGCACUGUCAGAAGUAACAUAUUAUUUGGGAAAGAAUACAACCAAGAGAAAUAUGAAAGAGUCCUAAGGGCAUGUGCGCUUAAGAAGGACAUGCUGCAGUUAGAUGAUGGAGAUCUGACGAUGAUCGGAGAUCGUGGUGUUACUUUAAGUGGAGGACAGAAGGCCCGUGUUAACUUGGCAAGGGCUGUUUAUCAGGAUGCAGAUAUUUAUCUGCUGGAUGAUCCCCUGAGUGCUGUAGAUGCUGAAGUCGGAAGACACUUGUUUGAAAAGUGUAUCAGUCAGGCUCUACGCAAAAAGUUAUGUAUUUUGGUGACUCAUCAACUACAGUAUCUGAGUGCAGCAAAGCAAAUUCUAAUCCUGAAAGAGGGUCAGAUGGUAGGAAAGGGAACUUUUCCGGAGCUCCUACAGUCAGGCGUUGAUUUUGCUUCUCUACUGAAAAGCGGAGAAGAAGAGCAGUCCCCAACACAAGACGGACUGUUAAUAAAGACUUCCAGAAACCGAACCUUCUCCCAGUCAUCGGUCUGGUCUCAAGAUUCCAGUGCACAGUCACAGAAAGAAGGAGCAACAGAUACCCUACCAACAGAGCCUGUUCUGACUGCAGUUCAGGAAGAGAGUCGCUCAGAGGGAACUGUUGGUUUCAAGGUGUAUAAGAAAUUCUUCCUCUCCGGAUCCAGCUAUUUUAUGAUUUUUGUACUUAUCCUGCUAAAUAUCUUAUCACAGGUAGCGUAUGUUUUACAAGACUGGUGGCUUUCUUACUGGGCAACGGAACAGGAAAAACUGAAUACAACUUCUUGGAACAACAGCAUUGACACAGAGCCAGAGCAAUUAGAUCUCAACUUAUAUCUGGGAGUUUAUGCUGGUCUGACAGUGGCUACCAUUGUGUUUGGUCUUCUGAGGAGUUUGCUUGUGUUUCAUGUCCUUGUUUCUGCUGCCCAGUCAUUGCACAACCAAAUGUUCCAGUCACUCUUGCGAGCACCAGUGUUGUUUUUCGAUAGGAACCCAAUCGGAAGGAUUCUGAACCGCUUUUCCAAAGAUAUUGGUCAUCUGGAUGACUUGCUACCUUUUACGUUUUUGGACUUUAUGCAGGUGUUCCUCCAGAUUUUAGGGGUAAUUGCUGUAGCAAUUGCUGUUAUUCCAUGGAUUUUAAUUCCCUUGCUUCCUCUUGUGAUCAUUUUCUAUUUCCUGAGAAAGUAUUUUCUGGAAACAUCCCGAGAUAUCAAGCGACUUGAGUCAACAUCUCGAAGCCCAGUGUUUUCCCACUUAUCAUCUUCCCUCCAAGGGCUUUGGACAAUCCGGGCAUUUAAAGCUGAGGAGCGUUUUCAACAGUUAUUUGAUGCACACCAAGAUCUCCAUUCUGAGGCCUGGUUUUUGUUCCUAACAACAUCCCGUUGGCUUGCAGUGCGUCUGGAUGCCAUAUGUGCACUGUUUGUAAUAGCCAUUGCUUUCGGGUCCUUAAUCCUCUCAAAAACUCUUAAUGCAGGACAGGUUGGUUUGGCAUUAUCUUAUGCCAUUACAAUCAUGGGAUCUUUCCAAUGGGGAGUAAGGCAAAGUGCAGAGGUUGAAAAUCUGAUGAUCUCUGUGGAGAGAGUCAUGGAGUACACUCAACUUGAAAAAGAAGCAGCAUGGGAGUCUAAAAAACGCCCACCACCAGACUGGCCAAAUAAGGGCAUGAUAGUCUUUGAAAAUGUCAACUUUGCAUACAGCUUGGACGGACCACUGGUUUUAAGACAUUUAACUGCUUUAAUCAGACCAAAGGAGAAGGUUGGAAUAGUUGGAAGAACUGGAGCUGGAAAGAGUUCCCUCAUUUCUGCUCUAUUCCGUCUAGCUGAACCAGAAGGAAAAAUUUGGAUAGAUAGACUUUUGACAUCGGACUUAGGCCUACAUGAUUUGCGUAAGAGGAUGUCCAUUAUACCCCAGGAGCCAGUAUUAUUCACUGGGACAAUGAGGAAAAACCUUGAUCCUUUUGACGAGCACACGGAUGAUGAGCUGUGGGAUGUUUUAGAAGAGGUACAGCUGAAAGAAGUCAUUGAAGAUUUACCUGGGAAAAUUGAGACUCAGUUGGCUGAAUCUGGUUCCAAUUUUAGUGUUGGCCAAAGACAACUAGUGUGCCUCGCCCGAGCAAUUUUGAGAAAGAAUCGAAUACUGAUUAUAGAUGAAGCAACAGCAAAUGUAGACCCAAGGACGGAUGAGCUGAUUCAACAGACAAUUCGAGAAAAGUUUGCAGAUUGUACAGUGCUGACAAUUGCACACAGACUGAACACCAUCAUUGACAGCGAUAAAAUUAUGGUGCUUGAUUCAGGAAGAGUAAAAGAAUAUGAUGAACCCUUCAACUUACUGCAAAAUAAAGAAAGUCUCUUUUACAAAAUGGUCCAACAAGUUGGAAGAGCAGAAGCUGCUUCUUUGACUGAGACAGCCAAACAGGUUUAUCAAAACAAAAUCCAAGAAGCAAACAAGCCACAUACUUCAAGGGACCCAUCAGAACCAUUUAUUAUUUUUGAAACUGCUCUUUGACACUAUUUGUGCUGGUUAAUGCCAAUGCACUUUCACAAGUGGCCUUUGUAAGCCUUUGUGGUGUUCCAGGUUUCUUAGUCAGCCCUCAGGCUAGCUUUAAAGUGCCAGCAGCUUUCGGUGCAUUCAUAUCUACAGUAAAGUAUUUCUAUCUGAAAUUAUUAGAUUGUAAGCUAAAGUUGACAUUGUGAUAUUGUAUCUGAGAGUAUCACUAUUUGGCUCAUGUCCACAUUUUAAUAUAAGGGGAACAUGUGUGUUCAGCAGAAAACUUACAGCACGGCAUGGCUUUGUUUUCCUUUAAUUGUACUUGGCAGCAUUUCCAUCCGCCCAUGAUCAUCAUUGGUGUAGCCAAGUUUGUCUUUAGCUACUGUAUGCAAGCCAGUGCCAACCAUUCACAUAUAAAUGGGAAGAAUUACAAUAUGAAAUUCCUAGGCCAGACUUAAUUUAGUUCCCAAGUGCCUCUAAUGAUUUGGGCAUUAUAUAUGAUGAACAACAAUCAUAAUAAAUAGAAAAAUCAAAGAUUGAAUGUAAAAUCUAGCUAGUAAUAUUUAUGAAUAUUCUGUAUUGAUCUACUUAAAAAGAGAAACUGCACUGCUCAAAAAAAAGGAAACACUUAAACAACACAAUGUGACUCCAAGUCAAUCACACUUCUGUGAAAUCACACUGUCCACUCAGGAAGCAACACUGACAAUCAAUUUCACAUGCUGUUGUGCAAAUGGAACAGACAACAGGUGGAAAUUAUAGGCAAUUAGCAAGACACCCCCAAUGAAGGAGUGGUUCUGCAGGUGGUGACUACAGACCACUUCUCAGUUUCUAUGCUUCCUGGCUGAUGUUUGGGUCACUUUUGAAUGCCGGCAGUGCUUUCACACUAGUGGUAGCAUGAGACGGAGUCCUCAACCCACACAAGUGGCUCAGGUAGUGCAGCUCAUCCAGGAUGGCACAACAAUGCGAGCUGUGGCAAGAAGGUUUGCUGUGUCUGUCAGGGUAGUGUCCAGAACAUGGAGGCACUAUUUCAUUCAUUCAGAUGUAGGAUGUGUUAUCAUAGUUUUCCCUUUAUUUCUUGAGCAGUGUAUUUGCCUUAAGUCUUGUAAUAGAUUCAGUUUUAUCUGAUACACUGACGUGUAAACCAAAGCAAGCACAAAGUAUCAGAGGAGAGUGAAUGUAGGGAUCCUCAGGUAAAAUCAUUCUAUGUCCCAUCAGGUUUUCUUCCCAAUUGCAAACAGAAAUGCCACCAAUAUUGCCAGUGCUUUUUUCACACAUUUACGCGUGCCUUAAACACUCUGGAAACGGACUGUGACAAUGUUUACACUGAUGUUCUUAUUCUUAAUGGUAUUGUUUGUGUGAUGUUGACACCUUUAUAGUGACAUACAAUAAGUCCAUCACUCUGCAGAUGGGUCUGAAGUGCCAACUACCAAACAUGUUUCCAUAUCUUACACUCUCUGCUGCAUUUUGUGCAACAAUCAGUUAAAUGCUAUUAAUGCAAUUAGUAUUCAUGGCUCUUAGGAUUUUCUUCAUUAAUGCCAAUUGCUAUUCAUAAUGGUUUGCAAUUAAGAUAUGCACUCAAAAGACACUAGAAAAUGUGGGCAUUAAUAUAUGUGAAUGUCAUUGAUAUUUCCUUAUGCAUAUGUGUUUUGCAGUAGAUUGUUUCCAUUUGUUGUACUGUACAAUGGUCACACGAUGACUCUUCUGAUUGCUAAAAACAAACAUGUUUUAUUUUUCUUUCUCUGUUUCUAAUUUAUGAUUUUAUGAUUUAACUAAAGGGAUAUUUGCUCUUUUGUUACAUGUUGCAUCAGUGUCUCUUAAUUA